AUGUCUGCGGGUUUGAUGUCAUGUGUGCGCGAAAACUCGCCACCAUUGGAUAGCGUACCGGCACAAGUGCAAGACAUACCGAUCACGAUCACGACACCGGAAACAGCUGCACCUACCAACACCAGCGAUACCACCAAACGGAAACGGUUCCAUCCGCUGCGCAACCUACGGCGGAUCUUUCGCCGCCGUACCGUAUCGUCCGCCGACCGUGCACCGGGCCAGCUCGGUGCGAAGGGCCCAACCCACAUACACUUUGCCACGCCCGGCUGUUCGACGACCGAUGCAACCCUGCCACGGACCGGAUUCGGCGUCCCGAUCACCAUCCGCAACGAGUCCGCAUCCGGUGCGGCACCGGGCACAUCCCAGGCCGGGGCGGGAGCGUACUUCAAGCGCGAAACCUACCGGCUACGGAACUCCGAUGAUCUAGACAAGGAGAUGUCCGAUUACCAGCGCAGUCUAAGCGAAGGUCGACUGGUGGAUAGUGACAUCAGCCGCGAUGGACUUUCACAAUCACACGACAGUGUUUUCUCCGAAUCUGCCGGCACCGCUAGCAGUCUAUCGAUCACGCUAAAGAACGAACUGGCGGACGUGUUGCGUAAGCGAAGGAAAGAUCGCCAGGGAGAAGUAUCUGACGAAGAUCUCGGGCUGCCUAUGAGUCCCAUUACGCCGCAGCGCAAAGAUCGCGGCAUGAACAAGAGCGAAGGAUCGCUUAGCAUACUGAGCAUGACGAGCUCGGACCUGGAUGAUGAUCGAUCCGCAUCGAACGCGAGCGGACAUAACCUGCUGCACCUGGAUUCGUCCACCUCCGGUUCCAUCAGUAUGAAUCGAUCCGACAAUAUGGAUGAAAGUGGUGAUUCAUCGAAACUGAGCCAUUCCGCAGCGAAACAUAAGCUUGCCGUACGACCAAAGAAAAAGGGCCCCACCAGAGCUCGAACUCGCCCAAGAGAGUCAACCCUGUUGCCAGCGACGCCCGAAGUGAACGAGGAAUCGUUAAAACUGUCCUCCACAAAUAUCGCUUCCAACUUUUCACCAGCAAAGGAAGCAAACGAGAAGGCCCAUUCGCUGCCGUACGGAAUCAUGCCACCCAGCACAUCAACUCCGCUAUCAUCACACCCGAUGCCAAGAUCACCCUCCAAAGACAUCAGCACAUCGAAACUGUCGAUUGGUGACGCACCCACGAGUUCCUCCAUAUACGUCAACAGGAGUAUCUCCAAGAGUCACGAGUUUGAGCGCACGUCCGAGCACCACCUGACGGUGGAAGGAACGGGAUCCUCGAGAAAGGAAGACGAUGGAUUCUUCAAACGCAUUCUGAACUAUAGCUUCAAGAAGAAGAAGCACGAAUCGGGCAAGGAAGAAUCACCGUCGGUAACGGCAUCUCCGCGGAAGGAAGAUAACACUAGCAGCGUUUACAUAAGCUCCGGAGAUCCCGCCAUCUCAGAGAGCAUUGCCACGGAGCAGAUUAUGAAACUGUCGCUGGUAGUCGGUGAGCCGGAACUGGGUGAGCUGAGUGGAUACAAGAAAAUCAAGUCUGGUCCCGCGGCAAGACAGCGCGUCUUUCCGAAGGAUAUUUUCUCCGCUGAAGACCGCGAAGCGAAUGCUAGGGAGCAGCAGCAACAGCACACACAACGCUACUCGUCAAACGUUGAAGUGAACAGACAGUCUGUCGCGUCAUCCGGUAGUGGCCAUUCGCUUACCAUUGGCGAAGGAAAGGUACCGUUGCAUAAGAGCGAGGAGUAUCUCGUUUCCAAGACGCGCAAGUUCUCCGAGCGUAGUGUGGACGGUGGCGAAGGUGACGAUGAGGAAAGCGAUGGCCGGAAGUACGUCAGCCAUGGGGAAAGGCUCAAAAGCCCGAAGGUGUACGGGUUGAGUUCGUAUCAGCAGAAAUUGGCGAAAAUUGCUAUCUCAACGCAACCAGCGACCGAGCCAAGCAAGGAAAGUCCCAGCAAACGUGCGAAAUCGGUCGAGAAGUCGAAAAGCUUCCGCACGUACACGGACAGUGUGUCGAACCAGCUGCAGGCGGGUGGCCAUCAGGUGCCGAGUUUACCGAACCUGAGCGCCUCACUGUCGGUGGGUAAUUUCAGCAACAACUUCCUCGAGACCGAGCACAAGUUCUUCAGCAUGACGGAGAACAUGAACACCGGGAAGCAGCGGGUGUUUAAGGACUACAUCAGUAACGCUGACGACGAUGCAGACGCGCGGCUACUCUCGUCGAGCGCUUCGUUACAAAAGUUCGAGAUUAACGAUAACAAUCUGUUGAAUCCGCGCGAAGAGUAUGUCGACCAUCAGCCGAAGAGUAUUGUACUGACGACGAACACGUUGACGCCACCCGAACCGACCAGCAUCUUGAACAAAUCGAAUCAGAACAUUUCGCAGAUAGAGGAAAACAUUGACAAGCUCGUCUCGUCGCAGUUUGUCAGCAUCAUCAAGAGCUCGGAUGAGGGCAGUAGCAAUGAACGGUUAGAUGAUAUCGCCACCGGUCAAGUAGGUGCGAAUGUACCGGAGUUCAUGAAGAUUCAGCUGAACCGCGUCGAGGGUACUGGGCGUCCGGCCAAGACGAGCAGUAUCGUUCUGACAACCUCACCCACACCAGCUCCGCCAACAUCACCCGCCAUUGCUAGUCCCACUGCCGGUGCUGGGCAGUACCAACCGCCAGACGAUGCCAUAAAGCUGCAGCGACGGUUCAGCAACGAGAACAUUGAAAUCACCGAGUCGAAACCACCGCUUCCACCAUCGGUGGUGGUCCGCUCCAGUUUGGUACUGGAGGGCGGUAUUCCCAAGAGUCCGCCGGCCUUCCGGAAGCAGGGUAGUGGAGGUGGAACCGGGGACCUGGCAGGCACUAAGCGCAACUCGAUGAAUCUCUCGCAAGACUUGAGCGACGACCGGAAGGUGAUUCUGCAGCGCCGUACCUCGGUGACGGAGGAAAAGAUCAAGUACGAGCGGCGGAUAUCGUCCUCCUCGGAGGACAUCAAGUUCGAGAAGAAAAAGUCCACAUCGGAGGAGUUGCUGGAGAAGCGGGGCAGCACGGGAAGUGCUAAUGGCAAUUCCAACUACAACAGUGGCUCGAGCAGCGGCGACGAGCUGGUGGUACUGCGCAAGAAGUUCGUCGUGGGUGAGAAGGAGGGCAAAGAUAAGGAUGGUACACCGGAGUUGAUGAAGGUAUUUGCACGGCGGUCUCUAAAGCUGCGCUCGGACGACGACUACAAGGUGACGGAUAGUGGCAAACCCCUGUCGAGCAUCGACAGUGACAAGGAAAAUCAAUCCAGCGAAGAAAAGUUAGAUAAGGUGGGGUUGCAGCAGUCGAAACAAUCCCUUCAGCAACAACAGCAGCAGCAACAGCAGCAGCCGGAACUCAUUUCCGCAGCCCUUGUGCAAACCGUGGUAUCCGUGGUGACUCCUUUGCAACCUGUCACACCUGCCACGAAUGGGUCGCUUAAGAAUGGAUGUACCGGCACGGAUGGAGUGGCGCUUAAAAACGGUUCCAACGAGAACGGACAACCGCCCGCAUCCGGCGAAGCGAUCCUACGGAAAAGCGUCACCAGCAAACCGUUUGGAGUGCCGAACCGUUUCGCCAACGGUACCAACGGUGGACAACCACGCAAUGCGGCCUCGUUCGUGGAGGUGCGCAAAACACUUCUACCCAGUGCAACGGUUACGGUGUCACCGGUGAACAACAACUUCGUCAAGUCAGCAACCGCAACAACCGCUCCGGCUGGGCCGGAUACUUGUGAGAAUCAGUCCACCGUCAGCAACAACAACACCAUCAACACCAACCGCCAUACGAUCGCGUCGUUAAAUCAGCUCAACAGUGCGAACGGUGUUGGAGGUGUCGGUGCCAUCAACAACAACGCGCCAACGGCCACCAUCAUCGAGACGGACGGUGGUAACGGUGAGAUGAACGAGUUCAAGGGCAUACUGCAGCGUCGGGCGGAGUGGGAAAAGCGAGCGAAGGAAGGAUUCAAAUAAGCGUUGGUAGGGUUUUCCACCUGAGCUCACACCAGUGCGUCCUCUUCCCCACCCCACCGAGCCAAAGCCGCCCGACGAAGGAACGGUUCACCUUUCAUCAUCAAAACAGCAUACAAACGUAAGAAAAAGCAAUGUCAGAAUUGUGUGUGAGUGUUUAGGACCAAAGCUUCUAGCCGAUAGAGAUAGAGGCCGCCCAUGCUCCGAUUACCUAGCUGCUGUAAUAGGAUAGGGACUUCCAGACAUUCGGUGUACGUAAACCGAGCGCGUUCUGGAGCUCGUUCGCAGUGAUUUAAACUUCGCUUAGCAUUCUUCACGUUGCAUAAACAACAAACAAAGAAAACAAAAAAACACCACCACCGUAAACACAUCGUUAGGACCUGAGUCAUUGCGACAAACACGCAUCUUACAUAGGAACGCGCCUUAUACUUGUUUGGACUUCGUUUUUGUGUUGAUGUCGUUGAAAUUUUGAAACCGCAUCGAAGGUAAAGCACUGAAGGUUCUGAAGGUACAUGAUCGUGGAGGUGAUCGUGAGCGCGUAUUAGAGAGGUGAUACCAGACCAGUGUUGUAAUAGAAGAUGGUUCCAAAUUGUGAUAGAAUAGAAGUGUAUGUUAAUUAAAGACGGUAAAAAAAAAUACAAAACGAAUGUCAAUCGUGCGAGGAAUUGAAUAGUUUGAAAGAUUCUGUCACAGAAGGGUCACGCGUCUGUUGCGUUGCGUAUCCAGGGCUGUUUUGUGGGGUUUUUAUUUACAGAGAUUAGUAGACAACAGUUUGAAGUAACUAUCAUUCCCAGAUCGAUACUCAUAUGCAGAUAAUGAUCCGUAUGGUGGCUGUUUGCCAUUUGCCUGUUGGAGCAUAUUCCCGUUGUUUUGUUUGAGCUAUCGGGCUCAAGCAUGUUAUGUUUUCUUGUGUAUAUAAAUCGUUGAUCUUCCUGAGGAGACACUCUGUGUGUGAACAUGGCUGUAGCUGAUCGGUUCUUAAAUUGCACCAUUCGCUAGGUUAGACUACAUACUGCUAGUUAAGUCAAGCAACUCACAUUCAAGUGUGUUAAACGGUGUUGUCCAAACACCCGCUAAUGUGUCACCACUUUGUUAGCAGUUUAGUGGUUAAUAAAGAUUCACAUAUACAACUAAAACACGUUACUAUCCUAGAAGGAUUCAUAUAAAUAUAUAUAUACAUACUCUCGCUUUUACGACGAUUAAUGCUACAGCAAACCCAAAUACCACUAUUACCACCACUAACCGGACGUGUGUUAGAGGUAGCAAGAUAAGUUACAAACCUUAGUUGUGCAAAACGAAACGAAAAAAAACAUCCGUAAGGACAGUGCUCAAUGAAACUGAAAUCAAAACAUUUUUUCCCCCCAA